UGCAUAAUUUAGCCGUCUUGGCGCGCUCUGAUUGGAGAAACCGCGGGCUUAGUGGGCGUGGCCUCGCCGUUGCCAUGGCGACACUUCCGGUGCGGCCAACCGGAAGUGGCGGCGUCGCCGGGAAGGCGCCGCCGGAUCUCUGCGGCCCCUCCCCCCUCCAGGAGCUCCAAAUUCCCGAAUUUUCCCCCCAAAUUCCCGAGGGGGGAGGGGGAACCCCAGCGCCCCCUCCCCCACUCUGCACAGCCCCAUGUGAAGGAUGCUCAAGAAGAGCAGCCUGGCUCUGCUGGGUGCCGCGCUCUUCCUCGCCUGGAACGGGCUGCUGCUCCUCUUCCUCUGGAGCCGCCCCGGGAGCCUGCCGAGCCCCCAGCACCCGCAGUUCGGCCCCGAUUCGCGCCUGCUGCCGGCGCAGCUGCUGCAGCUGGCGCAGGACGCCGAGGCCGAGCUGCGCCUGCAGCGCGACCUGCUGCUGCAGAUCCAGCAGCUCGGCCGGCUGCAGCGCCACAGGACGCCGAAACCCGCCCAAAAGACGCCAAAACCGCCCGAGAAACCGGCUCAAAUCCCCACCACCGGCGCCGGGGAGCCGCCGGUGCUGCCGGUGCUGGUGCUGGCCUGCGACCGCAGCUCGGUGCGGCGCUGCCUGGAUAAAAUCCUGCGCUACCGGCCCAGCGCGCGGCGCUUCCCGGUGAUCGUCUCGCAGGACUGCGGCCACGCCGAGACUGCCGCCGUCAUCGCCUCGUACGGCGCGGCCGUGGCGCACAUCCGGCAGCCCGACCUCAGCGACGUGCCGGUGCCGCCGGAGCACCGCAAGUUCCAGGGCUACUACAAGAUCUCGCGGCACUACCGCUGGGCGCUGGGGCAGGUGUUCCGCACCUUCCGCUACCGCGCCGCCAUCGUGGUGGAGGACGACUUGGAGGUGGCGCCGGAUUUCUUCGAGUACUUCCAGGCGGUGCUGCCGCUGCUGCAGGAGGACCGCAGCCUGUGGUGCGCCUCGGCGUGGAACGACAACGGCAAGGAGGGCUUGGUGGACGCCGGCAGGGCCGAGCUGCUCUACCGCACCGACUUCUUCCCCGGUUUGGGCUGGCUGCUGCUGGCCGAGCUCUGGGAUGAGCUGGAGCCCAAAUGGCCGCCGGCGUUUUGGGAUGAUUGGAUGCGGCAGCCCGAGCAGCGGCGCGGCCGGGCGUGCGUCCGGCCCGAGGUGUCCAGGACGAUGACCUUCGGCCGCAAGGGCGUGAGCCACGGGCAGUUCUACGACCAGUACUUAAAGUUCAUCAAACUCAACGACCGCUUCGUGCCUUUCACCCAAAUGGACCUUUCUUACCUCAAAAAGGACGAGUACGAGCGAUUCUUCCUGCAGCAGGUUUACUCCGCGCCCGAGAUCCACCUGGAGGAGCUGCAGAAGGAUUCGGGGAGGGAUUUGGGGGCGGUCAGGCUCCAGUACCGGGGCAGGGAUUCCUUCAAGGCUUUGGCCAAAGCGUUGGGCUUGAUGGACGACCUCAAAUCCGGCGUCCCCCGCGCCGGCUACCGCGGCGUCGUCAGCUUCGUGUGCCGGGGCCGCCGCGUCUUUCUGGCCCCCCCCUCGGACUGGACGGGCUACGACCCCUCCUGGAGCUGAGGGUGGGAUUUUGGGGGGAUUUCCCCCCUUUUUUUGGGGGGUUUUGCAGAAUAAAAGGUGAGGAACGUGAGAGUUCCACCACCCCGCCCCCGCCCCGUUUGCAUCACUGCCAUUUGCAUCCUGACAUUGGUUUAAAAAUCUCUCUAAAUUUGGGGAAAUUUUGGCUUUUUGUUUUUGGGGGUGGGCUUGGCGCUGGCGGGGUUCAAGAGGCGGACGUGGGGCAGGGGUUUUCCAGAAUAAAAGGUGAAAAACGGGGGAUUCUCCCCACAAUCCCAGGUUUGUUUCGCUGCCACGUCCGUCUGAAUCUCAUCCCAAAAUUCAGGAAUUUUAAAAACUCCCUUUUGGGCUUAAAUUUGGCUUUUUGGGGGGGCAUAUGGUGAAGGCAGAACAGCCCCAAAGGAACCAACGGCAGGAUUUGGUGACACCACCAAGUGCCCAAACGUGAUUAAAUUAACUCCCAUCCAGGUGGGAACGCCCCGUGCCUUUUCCAGGGGGAGGAAUUUUAGGAGGAAAUGCUGAAAUCUUGUAAACCACAGGCACGGAACCCCUCAGGAACAGGCCGGGGGUCCCACCUGGAGCCACUCAAACAGCUCCGUGCCGCUCUCAGGGUCCUGCGGGGGCGUCCCUGCUCCAUCCCCAACUCACCCACAGCCAUUUCUUGGCCUCCAGAACAUUCUGGAACAUUCUCGGACAUUCCAAGCCCAUUCCUUCCCCUCGCCAUCUUGAGGCGUUACUGCCCCCCCUCACAGACCCCUUAUAUACCCCGCGCAGAGCCCGCCCCUCGCUGCCAUUGGUUGAUUUUCCCGCCCAAAGCCCAGCGCUCGUUCUGAUUGGCUGAAUGCCCUGUCACUCAUUGUUUUCCGCGCGCUGAUUGGCCAGGGCGGCGCUGAGGGGCGACCCCGCCUCGUCCCAUCACGGCCGCGGUCAUGGCGCGGCCGCGGUCUCGGCGCGGAUUUCGCAGGUUUUUAUCGCCCCCGUUCUUUCGUUUAUUGCGCGGUAAAUGCUUGUGGAGCGCCCCCGGUGCCGCUCGUGUUCCCGUGGCACCGGCAGCCCCGGGCCCUCCCCUGCUGCCCCGCACAGCGCCACAGCCGGGGCCUUUCCCGGUGCUCCCAGUCCGGACAGGAGGAGGAGG